AUGGCAACCAAACGGAAAACUCCAGCCAAGAUUGCGCAGCCUGUCGUCAAACAAAACGCAAAACAGACUCUCAAGGCGAACAUAAAUGAAUCAGAUACCGCCGUCUCUGGCGUUGAGACCUACAGAGAUGGCUCCAGCGGCGCAGCUGGCGAUGUUAUAGAAAUCUCGAGCGAUGCCGACAGCAGCGAGUACGAGCUAUCCGACGCUGAGGAGACAGCCGGCGAUGCGCCAACAAAGAAGACCAAGAACGCGCUCCCUACAUCUGCCAGGAAUGGCGACGCAGACAAUGAUGUGCCUAUGGCUGGCGCAUCUGGUGAGGAUGCCGAGUCGGAUCAAGAGCUGGCUGCUCCUACAUUUGGCGAUCUUGUUCGCGCCAAUGAGACGAUAGAUGUUUCCGCUGCUCUUUCCGCCGCGCAACCGUCAGCUCUGACUGCUCGUGGCAAAUCCAUAGCGCCUCCCAGCUCCGCCUCUCUUGGCACAGUCCUGUCCCAAGCCCUCCGGACUGACGACGCCGACUUACUCGAAUCGUGUCUCCACGCCUCGGACCUCGUCACAGUUCGCAACACCAUCCAGCGCCUAGACUCUUCUCUGGCCGGCAUACUUCUCACAAAAUUGGCUUCGAGGAUGCACAGGCGCCCUGGCCGAGCAGGAAGUCUGAUGACUUGGGUGCAAUGGACUCUUGUAGCACAUGGCGGCGCCCUCGCCACGCAACCCGGCCUGGCUAAGCAGCUCAGCGAACUCAACCGAGUCCUCGAUGAGCGUUCGCGCGGACUUGGCUCACUCCUUGCCUUGAAGGGUAAACUAGACAUGUUGGAGUCGCAAAUGCAAUUAAGGCGCAGCAUGCAACAAGGUACCGGCUCGGACGAUGAAGAGGACGACGGCGAGGAGGGUGUUGUCUACGUGGAAGGAGAGGAUAGCGAUAUGGACGUCGACAUUGACGACAUGGACGUUGAUGAUGAGUUGGCUGGCACAAACGGCCUCUUGGACGGCGAGGCCUCGGAAGACGACGAUGAGUACAGCGAAGAUGACGAUGAAGCUGACGAGGCCAUUGGCGCUGAGGAGCCGGUGGAUGAAAACGAGGUGAAUCACUCCGAUGUCGACUCGUUAGAAGACGAGGAUAGCGAUGCAGAGGCUGCACCACCGACCAAGAAGGGGCGCAGGUAG